CUUCGUUGAACUCCCAAACUGAGCUAUUCGGAGACGAGGUAUACAAAGAAUUGUGCUGUGUAACACUGCCUCUAGAUUUGAUUGGUUAUGAUGAUAAAGUGUGUUAGAUUUCCGUGUAGAAUUGAACCACACAGUCUUCGAAUUGUGUUCGCCCUAGUUUGCGUGAUUGGAAUCGCCGUAUUGGCACUUCUUCGACCCUCCGCUCCGUUUGAAAAAACUCUUCGCUUUAAAUACGUUAAAAAUGUGGACAACAGGAGCUUCGUUGCUUGUAGGCUUCCAGUUCUAGACCCGUAUCACGAAAGCGUACUUAAAUUUGUAGAAGACCUUGGCGAGUUACGUUGUAAAGGAAGAAGCUUUUCAAGCUUUGAAAACAACGUUCUUCGCGUGGAAGGUGAGGGUAUCGUUUCAGCUCAGUACCGGAAAAUUGGCAGAAAGGCCGGCGAUGACUAUCAUGUCUUACUUUCGAAGCCAGUUUCUAUCGUUAACUUGGCCGACAAAAGUGGUGGAAAAACGCAAAACUCGAAAGGUAUGUAGCGGUUAUCAGGGCUUUGAUUCAGAUUUGCAGGGAAAUUGCGCAAAACGCCUUAUAACCCAAGAUUAAGGCGACGAAGUUAAGUGAGUCAAGUUCUGCUUCAGUUUGCCCUGUAUAAAGACCAGUACUAGAACUAGAUUCUCUCAGUUUCCAUUCUAGCCCCUAAACUUGGAGUCAUUCGGCGUUCGGCGGCCGUUCGGAAUACUCCUUCUGCAGUUGACUGCUGUUACCCGUAGUUUUAAUAGCCUCCCUCGCAGAUGUUUUUAGGGGACCUCGAAAUACGGGCUCCCCUAAAAACGCCUGCGUGGGAUGUUAUCUAAAGACCGCGUUUGCUGUGUAGAAAAUCCACUGAAAUAUUCAUAAUUCUCUCAUUUCAGGCUGAAUUAAUGCCUUUCAUUUUCGUUCGUUUAGUGAGAAAGUGGUUUUGACUGUACCUGUGUUAUACAACUUUGUGAGGACUAAUUUACAUGUAAUUAUGCUGUGGUUGAAUUCGACGUUGGUUUGUCUCUCCGUUAUUGCAAACUUUUAUCAUACCCCAAAAAGGACCAACAUAUUCGUUUACUGCAUUGAACGCCUUUGAUCAAUUAAGAAUUUUGUAUUCUGAUAACUCCGGACAAUAAAAUUGCAAAAAAUAGAGCUGUCGAUCGGUUUGCAUAACAGUUAAUCCAGUCACAGCUCAGUGCAUACAUGUAGAUGUAAAUGUGCAGCUGGUAUGACGAAGGUUUUUGCGGAAAUACUGGAUGUCCUUGAAUAACGGCUUCUGAAGGAACCACGUAAUAAGGAAGUCUAAAAGCAAUAUUGGUUUUAUCGGAAAAACAGCCGUACCGCACCCAUGCGUCACAAAUAGUCUUAACUUUUUUAUUUAGAAUUUACAAUUGCUGGCGGAAAAUGAAUAAUCUUAACAAAAGAAAAUAUUGGCCUUUAUUAUAUAAACACCAGUGAAAUACCAGGUGAGCUUCCGCGGGAAAACUUGAUAUCUUCACAUGUGAAAAUAACAUGUUAUCUUCACAUGUGAAAAUAUCACCGUUGCUAUGGCUACAUAAUAAAUCCCGCCUUUCACACCAAAAAACUAUUAAAGUGAAAUGGGUUGGUAUUUCAUUGGUGUUUAUAUAAUAUAGAGAACAUUACGUGGCCGCUUGGAGAUACGAAAUUUCUCUUCUCGUGUUGAAAAAAUAUUUCACGAGUGAGCGCAAUAUUUUUCAAUACUCGAAGAGAAAUUUCGUAUCUCCGCGCGGCCAUGCAAUAUCCUCUUUGUUUCAGGCUUUCGUUCAGUGCGGACGAGCGCCCAUGUAAACAAGAGCACCGGUAAUAGACCUAUUCGGCUAACUCAAUGUUGUACCCAAUUCAACUCUCCUGGGGUUAAGAUUCUUUGUAAAAUUGUAUUUGCAUUAUAAUGUGGCAUUCUCAUUUAAAUGUCUGGAAAUUCUUGAAACAAAAAGUUUUAUUCCCAAAGGGUCUGAAUUGGUUACAACAUAGAGUUAGCCGAAUACGGGGGAUAAACAAGGUGUGUUAUGGUCAAGGCGAAGGUGGUGAAUAGAGUCAUGUCCAAUAAAUCUUUUGCUUUCUUUUUCGUGGCAGCUUUGGUGCCAAUAGUGCAUUAGUUAAACUGAGUUCCGCAAUCAUAUUAACAGAGACGUGCAGUAUUUUUACUAAGCUUCCUCUCGUAUUUUAGGUUUGUUCUCGAGAUUAUGGAAUUUUCUCACUGGCUCAGGAGGUAAGUCUGAUUACCUUUGCAAACAGCUUAUAAUCUUAAAAGGAGACCUGUAGUUUAAAAAUGACUUUUUUAGUGUUAAUAUAUUGAGCACGAAAUAGUUACAAUUUUUCGGACUUGUGAACACGUCCCUUCUGGGGACGGGUUUCGACAUUCAAUUGCAGAGCAAAGGCAAUCAGCCGGUUCCUUCUUCCUAAAUUAUUUUAAGACCUUGAGCAGUGUUUAAGCGUCGCCGAUUUUCUUUCAUAAACGGUCGCACAAUCCAGAUUGAACCUGGGCCCUCCUCCUACACUGAUCUCACUUCCUUUUAAUAAUACCGCUAUACUACCCCGCCACCGAGUCACCGACCCGUCAAAAUUUCCAAAAAUGGAAGUACAGUUUAUAACUCAUAAACUGUAUUUCAUAACUGAGACAUCUAUAACAGAUGACCCUAGCCCUUCCCUCAUCUUUUAUCGUAAACUGACCUGAGGUUUAAACUUUUUUUAAUGCCAUAAAGUAUACCGUAAAAUUCCGAAAAUAAGCCCCUCCAAAUAUAAGCCCCCCAAACUCGGGGUGCUCGUACUUGGAAAUUGCCCUCAAAUACAAAGUAAAGCAAAGCAAAAACGGGAAAUUUCCUUCCAACUAUAAGGCUAGCCCAAUCGAUUUGGAAACGCAAAUUUCCUUCCGUAGAUGAGCCCCUCCGAAUAUAAGCCCCUCAAAAAAUGCCUUUGAAAAAUAUAAGCCCCGGGGCUUAUUUUCGGAAUUUUAUGGCUUCGGUCCCAAGGAUCGAACCCGUCAUCUCGCUCUUCAGAGAUAUGCAAUUAGACAGGCGCUCUAAUAAUCAAACGGAGCAGCUUUGUUCCCAGUCGUCAUCGGCAAGUUUUCGAUGUCGGUACAAAGCCUUCUCCGCUCACUCGGAUAGCGAAAAUUGGCCUGGAACCGAGGCUGCAAACAGAGUACUAAUACUCUUGCUUUUUGUAAGUCGCGGGUCGUGGAUUAAGAAGCCAAGUUCUGACAAUCAUGAAGGCUAGUUUUUACUAUCGAUGGAGUUAUAAUCAGAAGCGUAUAACAUAACGAUACAAAAGAAACAGCGCUCUGAUUCCGCUUUUGACUCCGUCGUUUACGGCCUAGUAAAAACUAGGCUGUCGGAGUCGUAAGCUGAAGUAGAAGAACUAAACCAGUCACAAAGUGUGGGAACGUGCAUUGUGAUUGGUUUGUCCUUCCGCUUCUGCUUCCGACUCCGGCAAUCUGGUUUUCAUUAGAUCGUAAACGACGGAGUCAUAAGCGGAGUCGGAAGCAAAUGGAAACGCUCUGAUUCUUUCCACUCAGACUCCGUCGUGCUUACGACUCCGAUUUUUGAUUUUCACAAGGUCAUAAGCGCUCUUACGACUCCGCUUACGAUUCCGACUCCGAAUCCGUCGCUAGUGAAAACCAGCAACCAACCUCGUGUCCAAGGCUUUUCGCUUAGAAAAUGGAAGGGUUGGGUGGGGAAAACACUGAAGACGAGGUAGCUAGGGAUUAAAGGCUUUUUUGUUUUGUUUCUUUUUCUGUGGCAUGUGCUAUAACCGGGAAAUCGGAACACCUCGGAACACUCCGGAAUAACCAGGAAAACCUGUAUGAAAUUAUAUUACAAAACUAAUGGGUGUGACGGACUUGGCUUCGAGAAAUUGUGAUCUUUAUUAUUUGCAGAUAAAUUUUCGGGCUUUGCGAAAGUGGAUCACGACUUCAUUCAAGUCAAUGCAGUGACGUCAUGGGGUUGGACAAUGAGUGACGUGCACAUGCACGUGUUUCCAAAUAAGGAAGUACUUGAAAGGCGAAAGAAACCUGGUGGUAUUCCUUUGAAUAUUGCACUGAUCAUGUUUGACUCCACAUCCGCGGCUAAUUUCAAGAGAAAAAUGCCAAAAAGCUUGGAAUAUUUGACAGAUGAUCUGAAUUCAUUGUUGAUGCGAGGUGAGAUGAUCAGGUCUAAAAAGACAUCAUACUGGUUAAAACGUAGCUUUUCAAGAGAAUAUAAAAUUGACCUUCAACUUUGCUACAUUUAUGUCAAAGUUUUACAGUUAUGCGCAGUCAAAUAUCAACAACACGGACUCCUCCCUAGGAAUCAGAAACCUAGUGCUAGUCCCUGCCGUGAUUGAGUAAUUGAAAAGAAGAAGCCGAAAAUUUUGAAUUUUUAAUUUGGCUUAGGCAAAAUCCAAUCAUUAGAUUUUGUUCUUAUGAUUUUGCACACAGCUUACAAUUAAUAUCCCUCAUUCUUUAAAUACGACUUAACAAACACGUUUUUUUGUGAGAAACGUGAUUGUCACAAAACUUCGUUGUUAGAAAUAUAUUUUAAGGUUUUCAUUGACUGAAGUGAGAUAUGAAAAGACUUUCUGGCAAAUUUCGUCAAAUUUUAAUGAUUAUAAAUUCUAACACCCUGUGUUACCCAUUUUAAAGGCGAAACAAUUGUUGGAGAUGGUACCACAACUCAGCUGGCCGCUCUUUUGACUGGAAUUGCGGAAAAAGACCAACCGGAGGCGAGAAAAGAUAUGGGAAAUGCAGCCAGCCCUGUUGACAUAUGGCGAUGGAUAUUCAAGGAUUUCAAGCAAAACGGAUAUGUUACAAUGUUCUCAGAAGACUCGCCUCGCUUUGGGUCGUUCAAUUAUCGCCUGAAGGGCUUCAAAGAUCCCCCAACAGAUCAUUUUGCAAGACCAUUCUGGAUGGCAGCGGCCGAUUUGGGAUGGGAGCAUUUUUGCAUCAACGGUAGAGCUUUGCACAAAGUUGCAUUUGAAUAUAUGCUAAGUUAUUUUCGUGCGUACAGGAACACACCGAAAUUCUCUUUUGUCUCGCUUGCUCCUUUAACUCACGAAAAUAUUAAUAGCCUCGGUUAUGCAGAUGAUGAUUUUAAGAUCCUUCUGCAACACUUGAAGGAAGAAUCAUUCCUUAACAGCACGUUUCUGGUCGUUUUUGGAGACCACGGACCACGCUUUUCCGCCUUGAGGCAAACCAUUCAAGGAAAACUUGAGGAACGGCUUCCAUUUCUAUCAAUCACAACACCAAAAUGGUUUUCAGUACAGUACCCAAAGCUUUAUAACAACCUUGUGCAUAAUUCAGGUGUUCUUACUACACCGUUUGAUCUAUACGCUACCCUUCGUCACAUUAUCACGUAUCCCGAGUAUCCAAGUGGGAUAACAACCGGUCAAAGCCUGUUUAACCGGAUUGACGAGGGAAUUCGUACUUGCACCAUGGCAGGUGUUGAGGAACACUGGUGUCCUUGUCUUAAUUUAGAGGAAAUUUCGGUGAAUGAACCAAUAAUUGGACAGUUGGCGGAGUUUGUAGUGAAUCAUAUGAAUAAAUUGCUUUCACAAAACCCCAAAGUAGCAAAACUGUGUCAAAAGCUUGUUUUGAAAGAUGUGAAAAGCGCUUUUCGGGAUAUGCCUAGUGAAACACUACAGUUUUUCAAGAAAUCUAAACCUGACGAGAUAUGCGAUUCCUGCGGACUUGAGUAUAGAGGCAAAUCAAAGAACACGCUUGUUUUGAAUACCCUAUAUCAAUUACAAUUAGUCACAUUUCCAAAUGAUGGAUUUUACGAAGCAUCAGUUAGAAUGAAAAAAGGUAGUCCUUCAAUAGUUGGUGAAAUCAGUCGUUUGGACGCCUAUAAAGACCAGAUCUUCUGUCUUCAAGAUUUAUACCCUGGUGUACGAAAAUAUUGUUACUGUUAG